AUGACAGAAAGGAUGAACCAGUUGAUAGACUACGCGGAACCCUGCACAUCGAACAGUGGAAUAUGUAGGUUGUGCCUUCGCGUAGAUAAUCGUUUAAUAUCGAUAUUUGACGGCGGAGAAACUUCGAAACAGUUACGUUCUCGCAUUCGAGAUUGCUGCCCCAUAAGGCUGUUCGAAGACGACAGACUACCAAAGACGAUUUGCCGCGAAUGCGAAGGGAAGAUAGCCGUUACAUUCGAAUUUCGCGAACAAUGCAGAAAAUCGGACCGCGUCUUGAGAUUACGGUACGAAUCAUGCCGCGCAAACAGAUCAAUUUCUAUAAACGAAUCCAAUUGGAAAAUCGGUUCGGAUCGCGGCAAUGGAAAGCCCAAAACGAUCGACUCGAAAGUGCAAAGUACGUUCGAAAAAGAACAGGAGGAAAAUUCAAAUUCAACGCAUUUUUGGCAGAAAUCGGAAAUCAUAUGUGGCGAAGAUGCGAAAGCAGAUGGAAAGACGAUGACGAGAUUGUCGCGAUUUCAGCGUGUCGAGCGAUGUCACGUUGAAGAAGGAAAAAGUGAAAACAACGAGGAAAAUCGCGUGUCGAAAGAAAGCGGUGGUGAUGGCGGUGGCAGUAACGUGUUUAACGUGCAAAGUUACAGUGAUACUGUGACGUCCGUGGCGACGCAAGUACGGUAUCUAUGCGACAUUUGCAGUAAAACGUUUGCCUCGAAAUCUGGACUGCGAUUUCACUUGAAAUCGCAUGAUGCCGUAAAGCCUUAUCCCUGUCGAUACUGUGACAAAAGAUUCGUGAUUCCCAGUUACACGAAGAGACACGAGAAAAUUCACACAGGUGACAAACGGUUCGUCUGUCAGUUUUGUAGCGCGACGUUCGCCUCUUCGAACGGUUUAAAAUAUCAUUUGAGACUGCAUUCCGGCGAGGCAAAUUAUCAUUGUGAAAUUUGUGGCAAAUCUUUUUAUCGAGACAAAUAUUUAAAGGAACACGUAUUCACCCACACGGGAGAAAAACCAUAUGUUUGUAAGGCAUGUGGCGCUUCCUAUGCAAGUUCUGGCAGCUUGUUCGUUCAUAAGAAACGAUGUAAGAAUAAGUAGAAGAUAUAAGUAAAAUAAAUAAUAUAUAUAUAACAUA